AUGGCAUCGUCCUCGGCGAAAAUAAACUGUCGCAAAUUCACUCUGAAUGAGAUCAGGGAUGCCAUCAAGGGCAAUAUCCAACAAGACAAAAGAAAAGUAUCUGUGGCUGUGAAGUGGCUUAAACCAACUUCCAAUGAAAGGGGGUCAGGAUUUGAUGAGGAGAUCGCUGCACUAAUAGAGAUCAAACACUGCAACAUCGUCUCUCUUAUUGGCUACUGUGAUGAUAAGGUAAAGGAGAUUCUUGUGUAUGAAUAUGUAGCCUAUUCUACACUAGACUAUCACCUCCACGAAAGGCCAUACACUGGCGACAAAACACAUCUCAAGUGCAAUGAACGACUUGGUAUAUUAAUUGGAUCUGCUCGGGGUUUGUAUCAUCUUCACCACGGCAUCUGCACCAACUCAUUUAUUCAUCGCGACAUCAAGAGUGCGAAUAUCCUUCUACAAGAUAAUUUGGUGGCUCAAAUUGGAGAUUUUGGCUUGGCCAAAUCUGUAGCCUUGGAUGAUCAUGAUCCACUUGACAAUGUUGCUAAGCCUAUAGGCAUGUUAGGGUAUACGGAUCCAUACUACUUGUACAAUGAGGUAGUUACAAGAGCUAGUGACACAUAUUCCUUUGGCAUCAUGAUAUUUGAAGUAUUGAGUGGAAGACGGGUAGUUGACGAAAUGACGAUAGUCGUCCACAGGAAGAACGCGACUUCGCCGAUUGGGCUAAACGGAGGGUUCCCAAUACCUAUCCCCUCAGAAAUUGAGAAAAAUGCCUUGUUUUUUAACAUCUCUCUGUAA